CACACCCACACACAUCCACACCCCACACACCCACACAUCCACCCACACACACACACAUCCGCACCCACACCCCACACACCCACACCCACACACACAUCCACACCCCACACACACAUCCACACCCCACACACCCACACCCACACACACAUCCACACCCCACACACCCACACCGACCCACACCCACACACCCACCCACACACACACACACAUCCACACCCCACACACACACACACACACCCCACACACCCACACCCACCCCACACCCACCCACACCCACACCCAUACCCACACCCUAUGGAUACAAAGGUACGAUAUACUCAUCAAGAUCGAGCAUGCCCAACCAUUCUGAUAGAUCUCCAUAACGAAUCAGACAGUCAUGAAGCGCUUCAGUUUGAAAAUAUCAUGUCGAGAGAACGUCAGAUAGAACAAGUGCUGAAAAGUUCCACUGAACAACAUCAAUAAGUCCUGGAUAUUUUUUGGUGUAGGUAUCAAUUAAAAGUGAAAGAUGUCCAUCGUUAUCGGUAGUGUUGUAGAUGACGAACUUUUGAAAUCCGACCAAUCGAUGAAACUCGAUCCAUUGAGAUAGAUACAAGGCUUUAUUGUGCAGUGGAGAAGUGCAUAAUGUUGGUGCUUGUUGGUUAGUAUUUGAUGAAAUGGUUUGCGAGUGAGGAACAGUUACAAAUGCUUUAAGAAUUGGUGCAUUGCGGUUCUUGUCUAAUACCGAAGCGAGAUACGGGUGUGGGUGUGGGUGAGGGUGUAGGUGCAGGUGUGAAUUUAGUUGAUAUCAACACCUGUACACCCACACCCUUUAUUGGUAUUUACGAAAGAUGAAGAAUAUUGCUGAGUUAGUCAUUCUAUUUUUUUGCAUAUGAUUGUCUUUGUCAUAAAAACAUCUAAAAGCAAAUGAAUCAUAUGAUAAAAAGGAAUUUUUUUAAAUAUUGUGGAUUGUGUGAUAGUACUUCUGAAUGAACUCAUAGUUGGUUGUCGUCUACCUCCAUUUGCUAGUAUUGUUCGUUGCAUUCAUACUCAAAGUAAAUCUAAUCAUCGUUUUAAUAGAUAUUCUUUUUUUCUUAAUCAUUGCUGGACGAUCUUUCAACAACUUUUCUUUUUCUUUAUGUAUGGAUUUUUGUGUGUUGUACAAUUGUUCGAAUCAUUACAAACAUAUCCACAAAUAGAUCGAGUAAUAUUCUAGAGCUAUGAUAUAUUUACAUUUAAUUUUCUUGAUAAUUCAUCGUCUACAUGAGUGGAAACAUUUUAUUUAAUCGAAAUUUAUAUUAUCGGUUUUCUCAAGCGAAAUAUAUCACUCAAUAUUUUAAUAAUAUUUCUUUUAAUAUCCGUUUAUUCAAACCUAAGUAUUUUAAUUAAUCAAUGAACCUUUUAUUCCUAUACAAAAUGGUCUAUUUGGUAUUAAUGCAAAGAAAUAUUUAUCAUUUUUCGAGAUCCUUUUUAAACGAAAAGUCCAAGAAGAACAAUGUUUCAAUAUGAUUUUUUUCUCAGCUUGCUUUUUGACUAUAAGAUUCAGUUCUUGUAUAGGUAUUUUUUUCAUGUUAAAUUUCUCUAAUGCAGGGAAUGUAGAAAUUUACUUCAAAUUAUAUAGCUCACUAUAUUUAAAUCUACACUUUUAGAUGACUGAUAAUGGAAGAGGAACGUUAUUCUGACCUCAUAUUUAUAUGACUCAUGAAUAUGAGGUUUCGAACAUCAGUCUAAUCAAAUAAUCAAUGUGAUACCGAAGUUCAUUUAAGGACAAGGAACACAUAAGAUUACUCUUAAUACAUUUUGAGUAUUUUUUUUUCAGUAGCAUUAGGAUAUGAAAACGAGAUUUUCAAGAAAUAGUGAACAUUUCACCAGAUCAAUAUGUCAGGUUUUAGAUCCCACACAUACACCCACUCUAAUGUCUUCUUCUUGAAAUGUAUGCUCAGAAAGAGGGUGGGUGUGGGUGAGGUGUGAAUGAAGAGAUGAUCCACACCCUCUGUUGGUCUUGUUCUUACAAACCCUAUUCCGGUCGACAAGCAAUCUUAAGUGAUCUAUAUGUUAAUCCAAAUACUCGUGGUUUAGGUAUUGCGGGUUUAUUAGUUCAAGCAUGUGAAGAACAAGCUCGUCAACGUAAAAAUAUUCAGUCCAUUAUUUGGCAAACAGCAAUAGAUAAUUAUUCAGCAUAA